GUGUUUCCUACAGCAGAGACGGGACGGUGAGCCCGCUCAGAGGGAGGCGGCGCCCCCUGCAGGACGUCCUGACGCUCUGCAGGUGUGUGAGGAGCCGCAGCUUCCAGCUGUUUUCACUCUGAACAUCUGUCGACUCGACGCGGCCAAAGACUUCGGGUUUGCGGUGAAGGGUCACGUGGACGGAGCAGGGAGGAGUCACGUGCACGUCAGCGAGGUGGAGCCGCUGGGACUGUCUGCCAGAGAAGGUCUCAGGGCGGGGGACGAGGUUCUGGCGGUGAACGGGGCGGUGCUGUCCGGUCUGGACCUGGACCUGAUGCAGAGCGUCUUCAGCCACAGGAAGCUGCAGCUGCUGCUGCGGAGAGACGGGACUCCCAACCCCCCCUCUGACCCCCCCGCUGACCCCUGCCAGCCCCAGCACCCCCACAGCUGGACCAACACCUGGACCAACACCGGUUCUCCAGACGGCGCCGUGCUUCCCGUUUGGGACAACGUUUCAUCCCGGCGGUCUGAGGACGGCGAGCUGCAGAGACAGGACGUGGAGCGGGUUCACGCCCUGUACCAAACCUUCUCAGAGCGGCGAGCGGCGGACGCCGACGUCCCCAGGAACCCGUACAGCCGCGAGGUCGGCACGCAGCCCGCCAGCCCUGCAAGCCCCGCCCACUUGAGCGUGUGUCAGCGCCUGCGCCGAGUCAUCGAGGAACUGGUCGACACCGAGAAGUCCUACGUCAACGAUCUGGUGUGUCUGUUUGACAUCUACCUGACGCCGCUGCAGAAGGAGACCUUCCUCAGUAAAGAAGAGAUGGAGGCGUUGUUCGGCAGCCUGCCGGAGAUGUUGGACUUCCAGAGAGUUUUUCUGCAGACGCUGGAGGAGAGGAUCGCCUCCUGCCCCAACUUCAGCCACCUGGAAACCCCCGCACAGUUCAAGAAACUCCUCUUCUCGUUGGGCGGAUCUUUUCUCUACUACGCCGACCACUUCAAGCACUACAGCGGCUUCUGUGCCAACCACAUCAAAGUCCAGAAAGUUCUGGAGAGAGCGAAGACAGACGGCGCCUUCAAGCACUUCCUGGAGGCGAGGAAUCCGACCAAUCAGCACUCGUCGUCUCUGGAGUCAUACCUGAUCAAACCUGUUCAGAGAGUCCUGAAGUAUCCGCUGCUGCUGAGAGAGCUGGUGUCCCUGACCGACCCCGAGAGCCCCGAGCACACACACCUGACAGAGGCGCUGAGAGCGAUGGAGAAGGUGGCGACUCACAUCAACGAGAUGCAGAAGAUCUACGAGGAUUACGGCUGCGUGUUCGACCAGCUGGCCGCCGAGCAGAACGCGCCCGACAAACAGGUGACGGAGAUCUCCAUGGGGGAGUUCCUGGUCCAUUCGUCGGUGGUUUGGCUGAACCCGCUGCCGUCUCUGGGACGCCUGAGGAAAGAACCGGAGCUCACGCUGUUCGUGUUCAAACGGGCCGUCAUCCUGGUUUACCGUGAGAACAGCAAGCUGAAGAAGAGGAUGACGGGCUCUCGCUCAGCUGAUCUGGACCCCUUCAGGUUCCGCUGGUUAAUCCCAGUUUCAGCGGUUCAGGUCCGACCGGCCAACAUCACAGGCGCUGAGAACCAGUGUGUGUGGGAGCUCGUUCACAGCCGCUCGGAGGUCGAGGGACGACCGGAGACGGUGUUUCAGCUCUGCAGCAGUGGUUUGGACACGAAGGCGAGCGUGCUGCGAGCUCUGCGCGUCCUCCUCCGAGAGCGAGCGCCCGCCGGCUCCCUGAGACGGACGCGGCUGUCGACGGCCGAGAGGAGGAGGCAGCAGCGAUGCCGCUCCGACACCCAGGGGACGACUCAUCAUCAGCGGGCGGAGGAAGGCUGCGGCCCCGACGGCCGCUCCGUUCUGGGAGAAACCUGCUCGGAGCCACUGCUGCCUAGCCGGGCCGCCAUAGCCGCCAACCCUGCAGGGAAGAGGACGAGACUGUGCUCGCUGACCGGCGAGCUGGAGGCGCAGCUGCAGAGGCUCAACGUCACCGAGGAGGACACGGAGCGAGGAGCGCCCUCGCUGCUAGCCUCUCAGAGCGCCAGGCGCAGACGGAGCUCCAGUCUACGCCGAAGCCAUGGGGGAGAAGGGCUGGACGGGAGCAGCCCGCUGGAGAGAGACUUCAGCGUUCAGAGCAUGACCUCCAUGAUUAACGAGGACUGCUUCUACGACAGCGUGCUGGGCAUGCAGAAGGCUGCUUUACACACGCUACAGAGCUAACGUGCUAACGUGCUAACGUUUGGGGUGUAGUGCUGCCGGAGCGCAUCUGUCCUAGUCAGUCCCUCCAGAAAUCAAACAGAUGGCACUACACCCCCGGCUAACAUGCUAACGUGGAAGAGGCGACUGACGUUACAGCUACAAGACUACUGGAACCCAGGACAGGAAACUAAACUCCAGAUACUGCAAACCUUUUCUCAGACCUGCAGAAGUUGUCACAUCAACAGGUCAUGAAGGAUUCCCACAGACGGGAACUCCUACACACCGCUAACCUUCAUCUCCACAACAUCACGGACGUCUCGGGGACAUUUGGGACAUCACAACCUUUGGCCGCCGUCUGAUUGGCCGCGAUGACAAUAACUCCUACCUCACACAGACACACACACAC